UGGAGAUUCCCUUUAGGACGAGAGCACAAACAGCUGAGAUGAACGCGGGAUUAACCAGAAUAAUAGUGGCUUUGCAGCUCUUCAUUCAGAUUCAUCCAGCAACCACAACCAAACUUGUGUGUUAUUUUACUAACUGGUCACGGUACACAACGGGUUUGGGAAGGUUCCUGCCGGGCUCCGUGGACCCUUUCCUGUGCUCUCACCUGGUUUACGCCUUCGCUGUCAUCAGCCGUGCCAACGAGAUCACCGAGUAUGAGUGGAACGAGAAAAGCGUCUACAAGUCGUUCACUGAGCUCAAGAGCAGAAACCCGAGGCUCAAGACUUUACUGUCGGUCAGAGAAGACGGCGCCGGAUCUCAGUUCUCUGUCAUGGUGUCCACGGCAUCCAGCCGUCAGACGUUCAUCCAGUCUACCAUCAAACUCCUGAGGACUCACGGGUUUGAUGGUCUGGAUCUGGACUGGACGUCCCCUGGAGACGGUGGUAGCAGGUCACCACAUGACAAACUGGGCUUUUCUCUCCUCUGCAAGGAGCUUUCAGAGGCUUAUGAAGCUGAGAGCAAAGGAGGCAGGAACACACGACUGAUCGUCUCUGCAGCCAUGACGGCACAUCCUGAUGAUACCGACAACCGAUAUGAAAUCUCUGAGAUGUCAAAGUACCUGGACUUCAUUGGCGUUAAGAGUUUUGGUUUUCACGGUGAUCAAGAUGGAGUGACGGCUCACCACAAUCCUCUCUACAGUGAAGAUAAUUCCAGCAUAGACUAUAUAAUGAACUACUGGAUGGAGCGGGGAGCUCCACCAGGGAGGUUGCUACUGGGUUUCGCCGUCCACGCUCGUUCCUUUACGCUCUCAACAUCAGCAAGUGGUCUGGGUGCACCGGUCAGCGGCCCCGCAACCCCAGGACCCUACACCCAGCAGAUUGGCCUCUGGUCUUUCUAUGAGAUUGUUAAAUGA